CAGUAAGUACAGGUGUUGGUACAGUACCGACAAGUGCAAGGAUGAAGACGACAUCGCCUUGUCCUUGUUACCCAAGAGCCUACAGUCGAAGCAUCCUCAAAUGCAAUGGACACUUCCAUGCGAAGCAAAUUUAAAGUGGUAAAAGCUGUAUUCCUGCUGGUGGUAGUCACCGGACUCUUUCUCAAUCUGUUGCAGGUUUCCAAGCUGAAAGAUGUUCCUUCUCCCAACCAAAGCGGUCGUCGCGCCCAAAUUGAUCCGGUUAGUAGGUCAACGAUAAAGUACAAGCCAAAGGGCUUUGCCAAGCGUUCAAUGAAGCAUGCGAAUGUCUUGGUGAAAGCCGGUGAUUUCGUGUACUCAGAAGCCGGAUGGGAUUCCUCUCCGAUUGUCAUUGAGUCGCAUAAACUAGUUUUCUUCACUGUCCCCAAAGCAGGUUGCACUGUUUGGAAACAGCUUUUUCGAAGAAUGAUGGGCUUCCAAGACUGGAAGACGCAGAGCUCACAGGAUGAUUCUAGACAGAUACCACACAACCCCAAGCACAAUGGACUUAGAUAUCUGCAUCAAUACAGCCUCAGAGAAGCAAAUGAGAUUAUGACAUCACCAAAAUACACUCGGGCCAUCUUUGUUCGAGACCCCAAGGAGAGAUUUCUCUCAGCUUUUCUUGAUAAGGCAUUGAGUAAUGAUGGCAGUCAUGUCCAAGCCAAGUGCUGCCCUGGUGGUGAUUGUGUCAAAGAAGCCCAAAAAUUUCCAGGCUUCAUCAAGCUAGUCCUGAAUGGAUGCAGCAAUCCCCACUGGGAUAGUCAAAGUCGCAGAAUGGAGCCCAAAUAUUGGAGGCACCUUGACUUUGUUGGCCACAUUGACAAUGCUGCAGCAGAUGCCAAGAAGCUUUUGCAGCAAAUUGGGGCCUGGGAUGACUUUGGAAAAAGUGGGUGGGGGGCCAAUGGUGAUAAGGCAGUUUUUGAGAGCAAAGCAACCGAUGUUUCUCAUGCCACUUGGUCCAAGUACAAGAUGUGGAAACAUUACACCCCAGAGCUGGAAACCAUUGUGGAAAACUUCUUUGCAGCAGACUACACGACUCCAGUGCUGAAUUUAACACGCAGCAGGUUGUACUAGCUAGUUGUUGAGAGAUGGGAUGCCUCACUACGGUGAGUGCAGUAUGGUAAAAUGGCGAGUGCAACUUGAUUGAGUGACGUUGCGGGUGCGCUUGUAGUGCGACAGAACCUCUCGAAGGCAGUCAAAUGCGCGUCGACAUCACGAUGUUCCUUCCGCUCGGAUUGGCCUCGCAAAACUAUGUUUGCUCAAAUCAUGCAUAAAAAGUACGGAGAGAGGUAUUAACAUACGGUACCGUGCUCCACUGCUGGAAAUUUGUUUUACAUCUUUACUAACUAGAAGUAACUCCCAAACUACAGUGCAAGCAGAGUUUGGUCAAAUGCUACAGUACUAGCAGCUACGAAGAUAUGUUGUUGACGU